CUUUGGCCUACACAUCUAGCGAGUUGCGAAUUAUAUCGCAAGUAGUCUUUGUCCGCCCUCGCCUUCGUGAGUUUUUCAUACCGUCCACUCAGAAAUCUUGAUUGUCUUGCCCGCUGGUGUCGUGUGGGUUGGUUUGCGUUGGAAAUAUGUCUCAGCUAGUUGAAUUUAGAGUUGCUGUCCACUCAAUGUUAGUCACAGCAGUGUACUUGCAGAGUAAUAUGCAUGCGAUUUGUGUCACUGAUGCCGAUCGACAGACGACAAGCGCUGCUGUGUAGCAAGCGGAAGGUCAUAACACAAGUCACAAGUUCACUCGUAGCCUACCAGCUCGAUCUCGCUCCUUCCGGAUGGCCUUCGAAGCAUGUUUUGGGCGAAUAUUGGUCUGAUUGGUGGUAGUACCAACUUCCCAAG